GUAAGAAGCUGAGAGAGAAUGGAAUAUUGAAAUGCCAAAUGGAUAUCAAAGAUGAAGAUGAUCCGACCUCAAAGGCUCAAAAAGCAGUGGGAGCUGAGAGUGGAGAGGGAAAGCCUGCAAUGAAGUGCUUUGACUACUUUAUGGAGUGGAAAAAAUGCAUGUCUGCCUACCAUCAGUUCCACCAGUACUACAUCCGUGGAGAGUUUGCCAAUUGCAAGACGGAGAAGGAGAGGAUGUACAACUGCUUCAAAUGGAGGGGUACUGGAAAAGACAAGUUUCUGAAUUCCCUGGAGGCUAGUCUGGACGAGGAGCAGGUGAACAUGCACACACCCUCCCCAGUAUGGAAGCUCAGAGACUUGCCACCUGCUGACUGGACUAACAAAUGACCCACUUUAGUUACAGUUCAUUGUCAACACUAUAAUUAUGUCUGUGUGCAAUUAAGUCAUGUAUAUCAACCAUGCAUGUUCCUUUAUAAUACAGUUAUUCCUCAAAAGUAUAACAUGACAACACACACUAUGAAUUGGUGAAAGUGAAA